AUGGCGCUGCCGGCGACCGCCUGGGGAUUCGCGGACAACGACGACGACACUGGCAGUCGCCGUGGCCUCUCUGUCCGGAAUCUCGUUGUUAGCCCGCCGAGUCGACCGCGCGGGAAGACCAUCGACGAUGACAACAUCCCCAACUCGCUACAUACGCCUUUGAAAGCACUCGCCGAAGAUGCAGCGAAACCCUUACAUCAGUCGCGCUCCUUCACCGACCUUAAGUCGACCCCCGCCUCCAGCGCAGAAGGCCGCCCUCGCAAAGAACAGCCACCCCCGUUGCGACAAUGGCAGAGGAGGAACACGCUACCCUGGAAUGGACCCAAUCCACGCGCGCGGCAGGUGAAGCUGGAGGAGAUCACGAGCAGCCGCAUGGCAGAUACAUGGUUCUCGAUUCACUGCGACGGAGUCGACGAGCCGGUUUACGUGAGUGAGGUGGUCGAGCAUGCCACCAACCCCAGCUUCCGGUCUUUCGAUCUAAAUAUAUGUGGUCCGGCCAUCGCUCGCCGUGAUCAGGUUACGGUGAAGGUCUGGGCACGCACAGCGGCCAUGGAGGAGUACUUGCUACUGGUGGAAUUGCAGCUGUGCUUGCAGUCCUUGCAAUUUUUGGGGAAGUCGCUGGAUAACUUCCAUCAGCCGCUCCCACCGAAUUCGAUCCUGUUUCAUUUCGCAGAUGGCGUCUAUACCAAUCUAACUGAUCUUCCCCCUGUGGUCACUCCUGUACCUUCCCGCCACCCCCGAUCCGCCGAUGGUGCCACGUUACCGACGUCGUCGUACGAUGCGCUGAUGCGAUUGGCCAAUUUGGACGAGUGUAUCCAGGAUGCCCUGACGACUCGAGAUAAGCUGGAGGCGCAAAUAAGCUUGAUAUUGGAAGAGAACCAGCGCGCGCUGACUACGACCAGUAAUGCUUCACGGGCUCGGGAUAAGCUCGCGCUCACCAAGCAUGCCGUUGCGACGGAGCGAAAGCAGCUUCGCAGUGCAACGAAGCGGAAGGAAGAAUUGCUCGCCAGUCUUCAAGCGAGACGAGAGGCCAUGGAGCGUGGACGCCAGACACAAGCCAGGGCGCGCAGUCAUCUCCCGGACGCGCAGGAGAAACUGGGCUCGAGCGUGAAGUUGCUAGAACAAAACACGGACGAGGGCCGGGGUCAGAUCCGACGCAUGUCCGAGGACCUGCUUGCGAUUUAUCCUAUUGAACCCAUCCCGGACAAGCCGCUUGCUUUCACCAUCGCUGGAAUGGCCUUGCCCAACUCGAAUUUUACGGAUGUCGACCGCGAUGGGGUUGCGGCUGCGUUGGGAUAUACCGCGCAUCUCGUGUAUCUGCUGUCGUUCUACCUGUCCAUUCCGCUGCCGUACCCGAUAAACCCGUAUCUGUCGCAUUCGCUGAUCCAGGACCCGGUGUCUGCGUCGCUGCCGCAACGGACGUACCCGCUCUACCCGGUGAAUGUGCAAUACCGGUUUGAGUAUGGAGUAUUCCUGCUGAACAAGGACAUUGAGUUCCUGUUGAAUAAGCAAGGGCUGCGCGUGCUCGACAUCCGACAUACCCUCCCCAACCUGAAGUAUCUGCUGUACGUGCUCACGGCGGGCACGACGGACAUCCCUGCGCGCAAAGCUGGGGGCAUCCGGGGCCUAUUGCCCGGGCGAUUGACCCCGAGUUUGUCGCGCCGGGGCAGCGAGGCCAGCAGUACUAAUGGUGAGACGGUCUUCCCUCGCAAAGGAGUGAGUUCAGUGAUAAGUGCCAACGGGGAAGCGAUAGCGCCCGACAAGGGAAAGCGAGCCAUGGCGAGUACUAGUUUGGCUGAUGCAGCGCCAUCUGUGGCCUGA